UCAGCGCGCGCGUGUCUCAGAAUCUCCAGUCAUCGUUGAACAAUUCCCGUGAUUCUUUCCCCUUAGUCACAAGAUUAAUCCCCAGUUGGACAUUUUUUCCCCCUAAAAGUAUCUCAACUUCUUCCCCCGAAGCGUCUCUUAUCGCUCACCUUUCAACUGAGCCAAUUGCGCGCCACUCGUCGAUCUCCCAUUUCUUCAAUAAUCAUGCCAAGAUUAAAGUGAUCAAUGGAAUGCCACGAGAACCUAGGCAGCAGGAGCGGAAGAACUGAGAGACGGAGCGCUCGAUAAGACGGUAGACGAAAAGCAAAAAAAGGGGGAUAGAAGGGGGCAAUAAUGGGAAAAGGCGAUAAGCGUGGUAUCGCACAGCGCACCGACGCGAGCACCAAUCUGGUGGGAAAGUUUACGCAGAGCGUGCGGAGAAUCGUGCAAGAUGUCAAGGACGAGGGAACGGCAAGUGGCCAAACCAAGGAGGAAGUUAUUGAGACUAAUGAACGUCUGAGAGCUGUUAGAAUACGUCUCGAUGCCAGUUACGAGACAGCUAAACGAGCACUCGUCGAUCUUAUGACAAAGUACACUGACAGCAAACAAGUUAGGAAUAUAUUUCAACGGUACAAUCUACUGAAGGUUAUGAUAAAGGACGUGAUUAAACUGGAGACCCAAUAUUGGACCCUCGUCGACAUACCGAGACAGGAGAAGCAGGAAACUGUGCCGGCAUUUGUAUUGCGCGCUUGUGCCAUUAUGGAGAAAACACACAAAAGCGGUGAGGGUGUCAAGACCUCAGCACGACUAGCUGAAGAGGCUGAGAGUAAAAGAGAACGCAUCGAUCGCCUCGAGAAUUUGACAACUGCGCAGAUUGAAACUGAAAAUACCCAGAUGACGAAUGAUCUCUACAGACUUCUGAAGAAAUACACUGGCCUUAGAAACCUCAUCCGAGACCUCAAGGUCAGUACUACCUCUUGAAGGAGUAUAUAUAGGGGAUUCGCUGGGGUCCAAGGCAUCAUUCGAAUUUCGUUCAUUUCGAAGACACAUCCAAGGGAUUCAGCAAAUAAAUCAACUAUGGCUAAGUUCUUCAUCGUUCUGACCUGCCUCGUAGCAGUGGCCAGCGCUGGAUUCGCGCCGAUCAGUUACAAUUUGCAGGAGCCAAGCAUCUCCUCCCAAUCCUCAAACAUCCUCAGGAGCCCAGGAAACCUCCAGCAGAUCUCGACCUACUCGAAAACCGUUGACACGCCCUUCUCCAGCACCAGCAAGUCCGACGUUCGUGUGAGCAACCCAGGGCUUUACCAGACCCUGAGCUACGCCGCACCGGCUCACCUCCACUACGCCGCCCCAGCUCCAGUCGUCCACGCCGCACCCGCUCAGCUGCACUACGCUGCGCCCGCUCCAAUUCACUAUGCUGCUCCAGCAGCCGCUGUUGCAGCCGCCCCAGUGCACUAUGCAGCACACGCACCAGUAGCUGCCGCACCCGUUGUUGCCCACGCCACAUUCUCCGGGCUUGGAUACUCCUAUGCCUGGUAA